AUGUUGAGUAACGAGACUUUUUUGGCUAGAAUUGACUCCGAAAUUAAGGAGAAAAAGUUCUAUGAAUCUAUGCAACACAUUCUCACACUCAUUAAACGACUUGCUAUGAGAAAGAAAUAUGAGGAAUCUCUUGAAAUUCUAUACAAAUAUUCACUCACUUAUCUCGAUGAAAAGGAAUAUAUACUUGCUGGCGAAUUAAUGGAUGAAUAUACUAAAAUUUGCGAAUCUUAUAACAUUCCUCUCAACUCCAAUAUUCUAAAUCAACUUAUUACAGUUUUUCAAUUCCCCUACUCACACAUUCCACUCAACACUACAAAUAACACUAAUACCGCAAAUACUAUUGAUAAGAGUAAAUUGGAAGAAAUAAUGGUACUAUAUGUAAAAUAUAUGAAUCGAGCUAUAUUAUAUAGUAAGAGUGAGGGGGAACCUAACGGUAGUCCUGCUUUGCACAGGGUUUUGGGUGAGUAUUACUUCCACGUAAAACAGUACAAUAAGGCUCAGAGUAACUUGAUAUAUUCUCAAGAUGUUGAACUACUACUGAAGGUUAUUAAUGAGUGGAAGGCAGAAAGUGAUGAGGAUGACGGCGAUUUCUUUUACUUGAGGGCCGUUCUUAUGUUAUUAGCUGCCGGCGAUGUCUGUAAUGCCAAGUGUUUUUUAUAUUUAUUAGACUAUGAUUUAGAAGAUGCUGAGGUAACGGGUUAUAGCGGGGGAUUUCCGUUAUUACCUUCCCUAUUACCGUUACCGAUCCAGUUUGGGAAUUUAUUGAGUGAGAGUUGUGAAAAUGGGAACUUCGAACUUUUUAAGGAUGCGUGUGAAACAUACAAGGACUUGAUUGAACUUGACAAGGAAUACACACAGCUACUUAACAGGAUCAAGUCCAAUUAUUUUAAGGACGAUCAAGACAUGUUCAACUCAGACAAUAACUUUGAAAACACAAUUUCAAACCUCUUAAAAUCUUUCAUUUAA